AUGAAGUCGCCCCGCACAAUAUUGUCUUGGGCCCCAUACUGCCUGUUCAGCCUCAGCUGCAGUGCUGCACUGGUCUAUGCCAUCGACCUGCCAUUCCAAACAUACCCCGACUGUGUCAACGGACCUCUAGCCAGUCUCAAAGUCUGCGAUGCGACCCUAUCACCGCCCCAACGCGCAGCCGCCCUCGUGGCCGCCAUGACGACCGAGGAAAAGCUUCAGAAUCUCGUCAGCAAGUCCAAAGGAGCACCCCGUAUCGGCCUCCCAGCCUACAACUGGUGGAGCGAGGCUCUCCAUGGGGUAGCAUAUGCACCAGGAACACAAUUCCGGAGCGGCAACGGCACCUUCAACUCGUCCACCUCGUUUCCCAUGCCUCUUCUGAUGGCAGCAACAUUCGACGACGAACUCAUCGAAAGAGUGGGCGAGGUAAUCGGCAUCGAGGGUCGAGCCUUUGGAAACGCCGGUUUCUCUGGCUUCGACUACUGGACACCAAAUGUCAACCCCUUCAAAGACCCACGCUGGGGUCGCGGCUCAGAGACGCCCGGCGAGGACAUUCUACGUAUCAAACGCUACGCGGCAUCCAUGAUCCGAGGACUUGAAGGUCCUGUGCGAGAACGUGAACGCAGGAUCGUGGCUACCUGUAAGCACUACGCCGCCAACGACUUUGAGGACUGGAACGGCUCGACACGGCAUGACUUCAAUGCCAAGGUCACGCUGCAGGAUCUGGCCGAGUACUACUUGUCACCGUUCCAACAAUGUGCCCGGGACUCCAAGGUUGGAUCCAUCAUGUGUUCUUACAACGCUGUCAAUGGGGUGCCAGCCUGCGCAAACACGUACCUGAUGCAAACGAUUCUCCGGGACCACUGGAACUGGACCGCGCCCGGCAACUACAUUACCAGUGACUGCGAGGCCGUCUUGGAUAUUUCUGCAAAUCAUCACUACGCCAAAACAAACGCAGAGGGCACAGCUUUGGCCUUUGAGGCCGGAAUCGACAGCAGCUGCGAGUAUGAGGGUUCUUCGGACAUUCUCGGUGCCUGGACUCAAGGUCUGUUGAAGCAGUCGACUGUUGACCGAGCUCUGAGGCGCCUUUAUGAGGGUCUCGUGCAAGUAGGCUACUUUGACGGCAACCGUUCGGAAUAUGCAUCACUCGGCUGGAACCACGUCAACAGACCAAAAUCACAGGAGGUGGCGCUUCAGGCUGCUGUGGAGGGCAUUGUUCUGUUGAAGAACGACAAGACUCUCCCUCUGGGUGUUAAGAAGAACGGGCCCAAGUUGAAACUGGCCAUGAUUGGGUUCUGGGCCAAUGACCCAAAGACAUUGUCAGGCGGGUAUUCCGGAACACCGGCAUUUGAGCACUCACCAGUUUACGCAACUCAAGCGAUGGGCUUCAAGGUCACUACAGCGGGCGGACCCGUUCUUCAAAACAGCACAAGCAAAGACACAUGGACCCAGGCCGCUCUAGCAGCAGCGAAAGACGCCAACUACAUCCUGUAUUUUGGUGGUCAGGACACCUCAGCAGCGGGCGAGACUAAGGACAGGACGACCAUCAACUGGCCCGAAGCCCAACUCCAGCUCAUCACGGACCUGAGUAAACUGGGCAAGCCUCUCGUCGUGGUACAAAUGGGCGAUCAGCUAGACAACACACCACUCCUUGCUUCAAAAGCAAUCAACUCUAUUCUCUGGGCCAAUUGGCCGGUCCCCGCUGGACGUCUCCCCGUUACGCAGUACCACGCCAACUACACCGCCGCGGUCCCCAUGACAGAUAUGACCCUCCGGCCUUCAGACAAGCUACCUGGGCGGACGUACAGGUGGUAUCCCACGCCGGUCCAACCGUUCGGUUUUGGGCUGCACUACACCACAUUCAAAACCAAGAUUGUCCGCUUGCCGCGUUUUGCAAUCAAGGACCUUCUUUCACGUUGUGGUAAUGCCUAUCCUGACACCUGUGGCCUUCCACCGUUGAAAGUGGAGGUCACCAACACGGGCAAGCGGUCGUCUGACUAUGUGGUACUGGCGUUUUUGAAAGGAGACGUGGGCCCUAAGCCCUACCCUAUUAAGACGCUUGUGUCGUACACGCGGCUGCGAGAUCUCUCUCCCGGGAGGAAGACAACGGCACAUCUGGACUGGACCUUGGGAGAUAUAGCGCGGUAUGACGAACAAGGAAACACCGUCCUGUAUCCCGGGACAUAUACGGUUAUUGUGGAUGAGCCGGCGCAAGCGAGUGCUAAGUUUGUCGUCGAGGGGAAUGCGGUUGUUUUGGAUCGGUGGCCUGCUCCAAGUGGUACAGUGGUGUAA